AUGCAGCGUAUACCAGAUAGACUCAGUGACUCAACGCGGAUUACAAGACCGCACCGGAGCCUCUGUUGCAACACUGGUGGCGCCAGCUCUAGCUGCCCUGGCUACCACAACUGUGCCUGCGGCUGUGGGAAUAAGAUAGGCACCUAUGACUGGUCUUACGGCAUCGCGAACAAAGUCUACACAGCCGCCGCAAACCAAGCCCUUUUCGACAGCGGCCCUAAUGACGCAACCCACUGGUGCGGCAAUGGAUGCGGCAAAUGCUACAGACUGACAUCUACCGGUGUAUCGACAUGCGAGACCUGCGGCGCUGGCGGCGAACAAGGAAAGUCUAUCGUCGUCAUGGUCACGAAUCUGUGCCCGUUCAAGGGCAACGAGCGCUGGUGCCCGAAUCCCGGUCAGCUAAACCCCCACGGCUACGCAUACCAUUUCGACAUCAUGGGCGGCGCCGGCGUUUUCGGUGACAACGUCGUGGUGGAGUUUGAGGAGGUUCCUUGCCCUGGCGACGCAGCUUUUAAGUGGGCGGCCUGCGAAUGUCAUCCCAACUUGAGGAACAAGGAUUUGACUUUGAAUGCCGGUGCACAUGCUGCUGGAUCGAAGAUUGUUGGACCUGCUCAGGCUGCUAUCAUCUCUGUCAACGGGCUUCCGGCACCUGCUGCUAUGGCGGUUCAGCCUCCACCCCCUCCACCCCCACCUGCGCCUGCCCGGCCUGCUAUCGAGAUCCCCCCGCCUCCAGCUCCUGUCUAG